AACCUGAGCCCUCCCAGCAGCCUCCGGCGCAAGAUGGCGGCGCGUGGCUCUCCGUAGUUUCCUGUGUGAGGGAACACGAGGGACUGUGUGCCGCUGUGUUCCAGGUAACUCGGCGAGCCUUUCGGGCGUGUGCGGAUGUGCCGCCGUCCCCGGCCUGCUCGAGCCUCAGCCUCGGCGUCCCGUGGAGUUCCGCGUUGAGUCCGCGAGAAGGCAGAAGCCGAGCCCCGGCGGGUGCGAUGGCCGCGGUGGUGGCCAAACGGGAAGGGCCGCCGUUCAUCAGCGAGGCAGCCGUGCGAGGCAACGCCGCGGUCCUCGAUUACUGCCGGACCUCAGUGUCAGCGCUGUCGGGGGCCACAGCCGGCAUCCUCGGCCUCACCGGCCUCUACGGCUUCAUCUUCUACCUGCUCGCGUCCGUCCUGCUCUCUCUGCUCCUGAUUCUCAAAGCGGGAAGGCGGUGGAACAAGUAUUUUAAGUCAAGAAGACCUCUCUUUACAGGAGGCCUCAUUGGAGGCCUCUUCACCUACGUCCUCUUCUGGACCUUCCUCUAUGGCAUGGUGCACGUCUACUGAAAUGAAGGCAGGGGUGACUUAAAAAAAAGGAAGAUUGGCAGGACUCUUGCCAGCAAUUAACACCGUGUAGACUUAUUUAGUUUUUAAAUUGUUUGAAUUCGCUGCUUGUUCUGUACUGUUAUAAUUUAUAUCUGAAGACAGCCUGUAAUAUUCUUCAGAUUAAAUGAAGUGUGACAUCUUGUCGUCGAGUUCUUUCCUGCCUUGAUGUUUAGCCAGGCUUUGAAGUCGCCAAGAUUUGCUCCCUGGAGAGCAGGCACUAGGCCAUAGCCUGUAAUUUUCUUGGAUUUGCACCUAGUAGAUCCAGAGGGACCUCUAGGGCUUACAGGAGAGAACAUAACGUUAACGUCUUAAAGACUGUUGGCAGUUCGUGUUAUUAAGCGUUCUCUCUGUGCGGGCAUUAUACUGUGUACUUCCUGCACGGGUUAUGUUUUAAUCCUAGCAAUAACUCUGUGGAGAUGUUGCUGUUAAAUUCCUGUUGAUGCAGAACCUGAGACUCAGAGAGGUUAGAUGUCUCUGCCUGUGGUGGCUCAUCUAGGAAGAGGCAGAGCCAGAAUCCAGUUACAAGUCUGUUUGCUUGUACCAUAUUGGGUGAAAGUACCGUUCUAGCAUCUCUUCCCACUAACCACUGCUUUCGGGUAUGAAAUGAAAUCAGUUAAGUUCAGUUACCUGGUUGUGGCUAGUUAUCUUUCCUAUCAGAAAAAAAUGCAAGCUAUUUUUUCUAAAAUGUGUCCUACGGCAAUUAAAUAGGUUAUUUGGACAUGUAAUCAAAUGAAUCUGUUGCAAAUGUAAUGCCUCUGAGUAUAUGUUCAUUCGUAACCCUUCCUUUUGAAGGAAAAUUUUAGAAUGAAAUACAUGUUUCACUGAAAAAAAAAUAUAAUUGUGUUAGACUUGUAAUGAGCAUGUUGCACAUGGAAUUUAUAGUCUUAACUGGGGAGAUUGACAGUAUCCGGUUUUACAGACUAUAAAAGAUGCCAUGAAAGAAUACCCAGAAGCACUACGUCUAGUUAGGCUUGGAAAUGGAGUCAAGGAAGACUUGAAGAAAUAAUGUGUCUGAACGGGUAAACAGCAGCUGAAUAAAAUAAGGGAAAGGGCUGCUUUGAAAAGAGCAUGUAGCAGAGCCGCGAGGCAGGAAGGAUGUGGCCUUUUAUUAGACCGUGAGGUAGUCCUGACCAGAUCAUAGAAGUCGGCCUUGAUGCCAUGAGCAUCUAGGGGAAGUUCGGAAAUUUUAGGAAUUUGAAUUGGCUUUUAGUUUUAAGAAAAGGAUAUGAAAGAUUGAAUUCAAAACCUCUUUCCCAGACUGUAGAUGGUCUGUGUUCACUCUGUAAUGCCCCAGGCACACAGCCCUGAAUCCUGGUUUGGGUUCUGGACCACAUGCUUGCAUCUCAUGCCAAGAAGCUGAGGUCACAGUUUUACCUUCCUAUCCCAAAGAGCCCUCUUCUGAAGAUCCUGACGUGCAUGUUUGUAGAGCAGCAGCGUCUCUGGGAAGGAAGGGCUCAGCUCAUUCCUGAUGGAUUCCUACUUGAUUUAGUGAUUUUCCUGUUAUUGAGCAGUAAAUGUAUUGCAAAUGUUUAAAACUGAAAUACAUUUCCUAUUCAUUUUGAGAAGAUUUAAUACUCAUGGGGCAAAGGGAAAGUUGAUUUCAAAUAUUUCCCAGCAUUUAUCCAAUGAGAAGUACUAGUUUUAUCAGUCUUCCUAGUCUUUUAUAAAUUUUUAUUCUUAAUCUA